AUGUCAGCCGCGGAAAAUCGGAAGCUCUUUCUCGCCGUCCUAGUAAUCCUGACAUUCUGUUCAGAGAUCGUGAGAUCUGCUCAAGUCUACCUCAGUAGUGGCCAGGACGUGGACAUCCAGUGCUGGAACUCGCUGGGCCGUCCUUACUUUCCUCUUCUAUACAAAGCUGGCCUGUCAGCAGGCGGCAGCAUCCAGGCUGUUGGCCCCUUGUAUGCUAACCAGCACAUCCUCUGCCAGACAGGCAGCAAUGCAACCGCUCCCUCACCGGCAGCUUGCAACGUCAGCUAUGCAGAACUCACAUUGGCACCCACACGAGUCUGCGCCACAUCAGCAUCCAGCUCAGCAAACUUCACGCUGCGCUGCCCGGCAUGCGCGUCUGCAUUGACGGUCCUGCCGCCGCCACCGGCAGCCGCCGCAGAAAUGCCUCUUUGCAACGGAACACAGCGGUUGACUGGAGCCUCAGGAGUCUUCACGGACGGCGCGCCCCCUGGGGGGGUUUACGCCCCCGGCAGCUUCUGCCAAUGGGUUAUCGACCCUGGUUACAAGCCGGUGCGGCUGAACAUAACGCGAUUCAGCACAGAGGCGCGUUAUGACUAUGUUUGGAUCCUGCGACUGGACGGCAACGGCUUCCAGGACGUUCUGCAGCAGCUGUCCGGCGCCUUCCACGAGGUGCCUCACAGCAUAACAGUGCCCUCGGACAGAGCUGUGGUGGUUUUCUUGUCGGAUCACGCCAAUCAGGCGUCAGGAUUUGCCAUGGCGUGGGACCAGGGGAAUUACUGCGAGCCACACACCACCCUCUUAACUGCCCAGGGAACUGUCUCCGACGGCGCCCCCACCGGCAAACGCUACAGGCCGUUCACACGGUGCGAGUGGCUGAUAGCGCCGGGCUAUGCGCCCAUCGGACUCACCUUCACCCGAUUCAGCCUGGCAGCCAAUGACACGCUGUCUGUCUACGACGGCGAUACCGCCGACCCUGCAAGGCUCCUCGCCCUGCCGCUGGCUCUGACCAGCAGCCCGGGUGACGCAGACCACCUGUUUCAAAUCAACUCCACGAUCACGGGCGCUCUGCUACUGGUUUUCAGCGUUGUGGACGGCAGCGAGCUCGGCGGCGGCUUUUCGGCGUUCUACGGUCCGGUCAAGGCGGGCCAGAUUGGAGGGAGCAACUGGGGUUUCAGCAAGCUAGUGAGCGCAAUCAUCAUAGUGAGCGCUGUGGUAUUUGGGCUGGCAUGUGGCUCCAUCGUGGGCUGCCUGCUCGUCAGGCUCUACAGCAUGCAGCAGCAAAGCCCGCUGGGCGGGCAGAGAGGGGGUAGGAGCAGUUCUAGGCGGUGGCGGGUGCGGCUGCCGUGGAUAAGCCGGCCGAUGAGGUGGCAGCGGCAGCCCAGCGUGGCAGAGCAAGACGUGCUGCAGGCCACAGGUGCCCUGAGGAGCGCAGAGGCAGCAGAAGCUGCUGAGGAGGCGGUGCAGCAGCGGUUGAAUUCAAAUUUGAAUACAAGGGGCGAAGUUGAUAUAGUGGUGGUGGGCGCGAGCGGUGGUGAGAUGGCGCAGGGUAUUGAGACCGAGGGGGCCGGGCCAGGGUUUGCAAGGGGGAAUGACAGCGUUGUAGAUGCGCAGAGCAACCCUCUCUUUGAGGUCCGUAGUGCCUUUGCAGCUGCAGGUGGUCACCGGCCAGGAUAG